UUAAACAAAAAAAAAAGAAAUAAAAUAUCAAACGCAAACUUUUCUGAAAUUCUCUCUCUUGUUCCUUGAGUUUCCAUCACACUACUAACUUACUUGGCCAAUGAGAUCAUCUCUGUCCUUGCUUCCUGGGCUAUAAAAUUGUUGCACAAAACAUUCAUUCAAGAAAGGGGAAGGAGGGGAACAGAUCAAAAAGAAAGAAAGAAAGAAUGAAGACAGUAGAUAUGUUUACUCAGUCAGGAUCUGUAAUUGCGACUGUUAUGUUUAUUUGGGCUAUGUUCAAGCAAUAUUGUCCAUAUCAGUUGCAAAACUAUUUCGAGAAACACUCCAAAAGAGUCUUCACUUUUGUUUACCCUUUCAUUCAAAUUACGUUCAAUGAAUUCACUGGAGAUCGUUUCAUGCGUAGUGAAGCUUACUCUGCUAUCGAGAACUACCUUGGUUCUAGUUCAUCCAUGCAGGCUAAGCGGCUCAAGGCUGAUGUCGUCAAGAACAGCACCCAGUCCCUUGUUCUUAGCAUGGAUGAUUUUGAAGAGGUUACUGAUGAGUUCCAAGGAGUCAAACUGCGGUGGGCUUCCGGGAAACAUAUUGCCAAGACACCAUCAUUUUCUUUCUAUCCAGCAACGGAUGAGAGAAUGUACUACACGCUCACUUUCCAUAAAAGACACCGGAAUCUCAUACUCGGGACUUACUUGAGUCAUGUCUUGAAAGAGGGUGAUGCAAUCAAGGUGAAAAACCGGCAAAGGAAGCUUUACACCAACAGUGGAUCAUACUGGAGGCAUGUAGUGUUUGAGCAUCCGGCUAGUUUUGAGUCGAUUGCAAUGGAGGCUGAUAAGAAGAAGGAAAUCAUGGAUGAUCUCAUCACAUUUAGCCAGGCAGAAGAGUUCUAUGCAAGAAUUGGAAGGGCUUGGAAGCGGGGUUAUCUUCUUUAUGGCCCCCCAGGGACUGGUAAAUCCACUAUGAUCGCAGCCAUGGCUAAUCUUUUGAACUACGAUAUCUAUGAUCUCGAAUUGACUUCUGUGAAAGAUAACACGGAGCUGAGAAAGCUACUGAUCGAGACAUCGAGCAAAUCCAUUAUUGUGAUCGAGGAUAUUGACUGUUCUCUUGAUCUAACCGGUCAAAGGAAGAAGAAAAAGGAAGAACAGGGAAGGGGAGACGAGAAGGAUCCAAAGCUGAAGCUGCCAAAGGAAGAAACAGACAGCAAACAGAGUCAGGUCACUCUUUCUGGGCUUUUGAAUUUUAUUGAUGGACUCUGGUCAGCUUGUAAAGGAGAAAGACUGGUUGUUUUCACAACUAAUUUCUUGGAGAAACUCGAUCCAGCUCUCAUCAGGAAAGGAAGGAUGGACAAGCACAUAGAAUUGUCCUAUUGUAGCUUUGAAGCAUUCAAGGUUUUGGCUAAGAAUUACCUUCGGCUUGAGACACACCACUUGUAUUCCAAGAUCCAAGAGUUGCUGGGAGAGACCAAAAUGACUCCCGCUGAAGUGGCGGAGCAUUUAAUGCCAAAGACUCUUCCUGGAGACAACAAGGUUUGCUUGGAGGGACUAAUAGCAGGGCUUGAGAAGGCAAAAGAGGACGCCAGAUUGAAAGCUGAAGAAGAAGCAACAGAAAAGGAUUCAUCACCUGAAGAAAAAGCAAAAGAAAAGGGCUCAUCACCUGAAGAAAAUGCAAAAGAGCGAGGAAAAGAGAAUGGUUUCUGUGAUAAUGGAAAUACAGAAACGAAUUGUAAGGAAAAAGAGUAGGGCUUCAGCCACUAAAGAUCAACACUGCAGCAUUUCAGAUUGAAGAAGUUUGGUCUCUUGAGACAGAAUUAUCACACUUGUAUUAGUUCAAUGACAGCAAUGCCAUGUAAUUUGCAGUAUUUAUGAGGGGAUUAACAGUCUUAGAGAUGUUUUAGAUUUCUUCUUAAUAAUUAAACUCGAUUAGAUGAAA